AAUAUUCGUUUUUUAAAAUAAAAUUAUAACAAUGUACAAGUGAAGCUGCCACGUCGACGUGUUUUUUUUAGCAAUAAUAAACAUUUUUGGAUUAAAAAUUGUUCGAUUUUAACGUAAAUGAAAAAUAUUCUAUGGUGGAGUAACGAUGUUUUUUAGGAUAUCAGUUUUGCUCUGGUUGUUUACUCUGAGCACGAUAAAAGGAUCCGAAUCGUGCGGAGAUGCGAGCCAGUUUUACAUAUCGAUCAACAAAGAGCCCCAAUUUUACGUACCAAGGUCCACCUACAUAGUUGGAAUCGAAAGCAAUGAUAUCCACCCAUUCAACUCAUUUUCUCUGACUUCCGAACAAGCAGAACCUGCACAAAGCUUAGCAGGUCAACCUCCGGGAUGGUUUCAUCUAAUGCCAGAUGAUUCUGAGAUACAAUUCAGUCCUGAUGAAAUGAAUACCAUCGUUGAAGUAGGUGAUUCGCCUAAACAGAGCAUUCAUACUUUAUGGACAGCUCCAGCGACGAAGAAUUGCUUAGUAUUCAAGGCCAAAGUGAGCUAUAAUACUGAUACGAGGAUCUGUACACAUGAAUUAAGUAGGCCAUUUUGCGCAUUGGACGAAUCUUCUAGUGCAAGUUCCGAUGACGAGUGUUGUUCUUGUGACGAAGCAUCUUACGUUCUAACUUUCGAAGGACUUUGGUCGAACGCAACACACCCAAAGAAUUUUCCGCAUUUGCUACAAUUGACUCACUUCAGCGAUAUUGUCGGAUGUACUCAUUCUAAGAACUUGACGAUGUGGGCAGAAGGUCAAUACGCUUCUGAAGGUAUGAGACAAGUCGCCGAAUACGGAUCAGGAUCGUUCUUGGAAUCUGAAUUUUUGGAAAAGAAGAGGCAUUUGAGAUCGUUGAUAAAAAUGGCCGGAUUAUGGUAUCCUAGAAUGAACUCAAAUACGACUACUAAAUUCCGAGUAGAUAAAAAACAUAAUUUAUUGUCUUUGGGAACCAUGUUAGGUCCAUCGCCGGAUUGGUUCACUGGUAUAUCUAAGCUCAAUUUAUGUACGAAAAGUUGCUCUUGGGUAGAAAGCAAGGUAGUUGAUUUGCCUUUAUACGAUGCAGGAACCGAUAGCGGUAUCUCUUACUUGUCUCUAGAUGCUCCUACUUUUCCUCAAGAAAGAAUCUACCAGAUUACCGGAAGUUAUCCCGAAGACCCACGAGCUCCUUUCUACAGUAUCAACAACGAAACGAUCAAACCAAUUGCUCGACUUUACAUAACCCGAGAAAAGAUCACCAAGAAAUCGUGCUCAGAAGACAGUAUGUUUGAUUUCGACGAAUCCGAAGGCACCGAGAGCGAAAAUGACAAAAGACCUGAAUGUCGAACUACUAAUUUCACGGACUGGAGUACUUGUUCGGCAAGUUGCGGUAAAGGAUUACGAAUCAAGAUGCGAAACUACGUGAAUCCAAUCAAAGCUCAACUUGCCAAUUGUUCCAGACGAAACGUGCUGAAAAAAUUAUGCGUAGCUGAUACACCUUGCCCCGGCGAUUCCGAUGACGAUAGCAUUUUAUUACUCGCUGACGAACAUUGCAAAACAACAACCUGGUCCGAAUGGUCAGAAUGUACGGCGACAUGCGGAAUAGGAAUGAUGACCAGAACUAGACGUUUCCUCAAACAAUCUGGAUACAAGAAAUGUCGUCACGUGAACAUUUUAGAGAAAAAGAAAUGCAUGGAACCGCCUUGUAAAACAACGGUUAUCACUGAACAAGAGACCAACUGCACCACGACCGAAUGGAGUGACUGGAGUCCUUGUUCUGUGACUUGCGGUAAAGGAAUCCGAAUUCGAAUGCGACACUUGACUGCAUCAAGAGAUCUAUUACCAAUGUGCAAAAGUAAAAUUAAAUUAGAAGAAAGAAGAGAAUGUAUCAAAACGAAAGAGUGUGUCAUGAAUAAAGAAAAGGCUUUAGAAACGUGUCAAAUGGAUAAAGUAGUUGGUCCAUGUCGUGGUCACUUCCAGCGAUGGUAUUUCAAUUCGGAAACCAAACAGUGCACCGAAUUUGCAUACGGCGGAUGUCGAGGAAAUGAAAACAACUUCUUGACGCUCGAUGAAUGCAUCAAAGUGUGUUCGGCUCUUUAUGCUUCGUAAAUUAUGAAAUUAAUUGAAACCAAUUAAUAAGAGAUUGGGUAAAAUUCAAAAUUGUUCAACAUUUCAACAAAAUAUUUGUCUCAUCAUUUCAAAAAACUGAUAACAUAAUGGUAACACUGAAUAAAAAUUUUAAUUUCCCUUUUUUUGUUUGAAAAAUGAUUUUGGUGUUAGGGAGGCGGAGUGAUGUUGACUAUAGGUUGACUCUCCUCUCCCCUCCUCGCUGAUUGCUGAGUUCUUCAUCUUCUACUCUUCUUGAAAAAAACAAAUCGACAAAUACUGUAGAUUUCAUAGACGGUAAAUUUCAAUUUAAUUUUGAAAAUUGUUGAUUAAUUUCGCAAGUUCACAAAAUGUUACCAAAAAAUAAGCAGAUAAAAAAUAAUUGAAGUGAUGAGUACGUAAAAUUGUUAAUUGCGUUAAUAGUUAAUUAAUUUAAAAAUUGAUCAAAAAUUUUUCAAAUUUGAGAAGGAAAAUUCCUGUAAAAUCACGCAAUUUUUAAAAACAAAUUUGACGAACUUCACAAUAUUCUGCGAGUUUAAAUGUCAUGUUUAAGGAUCUUGCAAAUGCCAAAUUUUCAAUUUUAAGUUUUUAUUGUAAAAAUAUUUUCUUCAUGCUUUCUUUGAUAUAUUUUUUUCCGUGAAUUGUGAGUAAACAGUACUUUAAAAAUAAAAACUAUACCAAGUAAGUGGGUACCUAGGUAGUAGGUACCUAGUAGGUACUAAUUUCGUACUAUUCAACUUCUACUCUUCUACAAACUUUUCUUGAUUUGAGAUGAAUAUACCGUUGGUAUGUAUUUACGACGACGAUUAGAAUAAAAAUAUCGAUUUCUUGAAAAUUUAGCGCUGCAUAAUAAAGUAGCCUAUAUUGAAGAAUUAAAAUUAUGAUUUAGGUAUAGGUACCAAAGUUUUUGAAGUUUACAAAUUGUAAUAAGAACGUUGAUUCACAUGCAGAUGCAAUAUUUUCAAAAUUAUGACUUUAUGAGCAGGUAAAUAGAUAUUAUAAAAAACAUAAUAUACCUACAUUACAUUAUUUAUGAUCGAGAUUAUUUUUUAAUUUUAUUUUUCGAUUAAAAUUUAAAACAUUUAAAUUUAAGGGUAAAAUAUGAGCAAUUGAAUCUAGAUAAGUCCCAUUGCAACUAUCUUGUUCUUGUACAUAAUAUUAUGUACCUACAUGCGAAUUGCGAUGUAAUAUUUUUGUAAUAAAUUAAUUGAAUUACUUCGAAAUAA